GGGAGUUGUCAUAUUGGAAGGAUAAUCUUCUACGCCAUAAUCUUGAUGUCAUGCACAUUGAAAAAAAAUUAUUUUGAUUAUUUGUUUAACACAGUGAUGGAUGUGAAGGACAAGACGAAAGAUAAUGUUAAGGCUAGAAUGGACUUGAUUGAGUAUUGUGGACGAAAAGAGUUAUGGUUGCAACCUAAACAGAACAGGUUCUUCAAGCCUAAGGCUAGCUAUUCUUUCACAAUGGAGCAGAAGCGAAAGAUUUGUGAGUGGCUCCAGAACUUGAAGAUGCCCGAUGGCCAUGCAUCAAAUUUUGGAUCACGUGUUGAUAUGGAGCAAGGCAGGAUACAUGGGAUGAAAAGUCAUGACUGUCACGUUUUCAUGGAAACUUUACUCCCUAUUGUAUUUAGUGGCUUGCCUGAACGAAUCUGGAAACCUAUGUUAGAAAUUAGUUUAUUCUUCAAAGACUUGUGUUCUAGUACGUUGAGGGAGGAUAACCUUUGUCGGAUGCAUCAGAAUAUUCCUGUUAUCACAAACAAGUUGGAGAAAAUUCUUCCAUCGGGGUUCUUUGAUGUGAUGGAACAUUUCCAAUUCACCUUGCAUACGAAGCGAGGCUCGGAGGCCCAGUUCAAUAUAGGUGGAUGUAUCCCUUCGAGAGGUCUAUUGGUAAGUUAAAAAGGGCUAUGAAGCAAAAAUCGAAAGUGGAAGGCUCAAUGUGCGAAGUUUAUCUUGCCAAGGAAACAUCCCAUUUCUGUUCUUACUACUUUCAGAACGAUGUGGCUUGUUUGAGAAACAGGCCUAAUCGACACUAUGAUGGAGGUGUGAAUAACUCUUUGUUGAAGCCGAUAUCGAUCUUCAAUCGACCAGGUGAUGGGUCCAAAAAACGUGAGAGGCCAUUGAAUCAAAUGGAGUAUAAAUCAGCUUCGACACAUAGCUUGUUAAAUUGCCCAGAAGUUCAACCUUAUUAUGAUCUCUUUGUGGAGAUACAUGGCCAAGAAACCGUGUCCGACCAAUUUGGGACUUGGUUUAACAAUUAUGUAAGUUUUAUAUAUAAUUUUCUAACCCAAUGUAGCAACAUUACUAAGUUUUGA